GCAAAACGCAUAUGCUUUCAUAGUUUAGGCUUGGUCUGCCAGCUAUAUUGGAAGAGAUGAAGCCUAAAAGGUGGCUCCCAAGUGUUUUGUUCUUUGUUGUUGCAUCAGUAAGCAAUGUAGUAGGUGCAUUUGUGGGGGUAAACAUUGGCACUGAUGUUACUGAUCUACCAUCAGCUUCAAAUGUGGUUGCUAUUCUAAAAGCACAUCAAAUUUCACACGUGCGUUUGUAUGAUGCCAAUGAACACAUGCUACAAGCACUGUCAAACACUGGCAUUGAAGUGAUUGUUGGUGUCACAGAUGAAGAGAUACUAAGUAUUGGAGAGUCUGCAUCAGUUGCUGCAGCAUGGCUUUCUAAGAAUGUAGCUGCUUACAUGCCAUCCACAAACAUCACAGCUAUAUCAGUUGGAAGUGAGGUUCUUACCUCAGUUCCAAAAGUUGCACCUGUUCUUGUUGCUGCCUUGAACAAUCUUCACAAGGCCCUUGUUGCUUCAAACCUUAACUUCCGCGUUAAGAUUUCAACACCUCAGUCCAUGGACAUAGUCACAAGGCCUUUUCCUCCUUCUACAGCCACCUUCAACUCUUCAUGGAACUCUACAAUUUACCAGCUUCUUCAGUUUUUGAAGAACACAAAUUCUUCUUACAUGUUAAAUGCUUACCCUUAUUAUGGAUACACCAAAGGAGAUGGCAUUUUCCCAAUUGAAUAUGCUCUAUUCCAAUCCCUUCCUUCAGUGAAGCAAAUUGUUGACCCAAACACACUAUUCCAUUAUGACAGCAUGUUUGAUGCUAUGGUAGAUGCUACCUAUUAUGCUAUAGAAGCCUUCAAUUUCAAUAAUAUACCCAUUAUUGUCACAGAAACUGGGUGGCCUAGUUUUGGUGGAGCAAAUGAACCAGAUGCUACUACAAAGAAUGCUGAGACAUACAAUAAUAAUUUAAUUAUUAGAGUACUCAAUGGUUCAGGUCCUCCUAGUCAACCAAGGAUAGCUAUUAAUACUUACAUGUAUGAAUUAUUUAAUGAAGACAAGAGGAAUGGACCUUUAUCAGAAAAGAAUUGGGGGAUUUUUCAUGCUAAUGGAAGUAGUGUUUAUCCUUUGAGUUUUAGUGCUUCCAACAUGAGUGAUGGAAAUUCUAUAGCAUCUUUUUGUGUGGCUAAAGAUGAUGCAGACACUGAAAAACUGGAAGCUGGCUUGAACUGGGCUUGUGGACAAGGCCAAGCAAAUUGUGCAGCUAUUCAACCAGGGAGACCAUGCUAUUUACCCAAUAAUUUGAAAAACCAUGCCUCUUAUGCUUAUAACGAUUAUUUUCAAAAAAUGCAUAAUGCUGGUGGAACAUGUGACUUUGAUGGUACAGCUACAACAACUACCCAGGAUCCUAGUCAUGGAUCCUGUAUAUUUGCGGGAAGUUCCAAUUCGAGCAUUGGUGGAAGGAGUUCAGCUUCAACAGCAUUAGUACCUGUAGGUCCUAUUGGAGCAAGUUUGAACAUCCAGGUGUCUAGCUUUCAGUAUUUGGUAUCUUCUAUUAGUGUAUGUUUUGCUUUGGUGUUGUUAUGACCAAAAGGAUAACACUCUUUUAGAUUGCACUUUCAUAAAUUUUAGUUUAUUGUCAAAGUUUUAUUAUU